CAAUACAAUACCAAUGGCCAUUUCCAUCAUUGCUAUUCUCAUGUCAUGUGCUUCCCAGUAUAUAAGGACCACCUCACCUUCUUUUCAUUUCCUCAUUCAUUCACAAAUCUUAGUUACUUUAUCAGUAUCAUUCAUCACAAUAACAAGAUGAGUUCAGGAAUUAGAGCAUGGAGUGUGGCAGCUAGUGUUGGAGUUGUGGAGGCCUUGAAAGACCAAGGCAUAUGCAGGUGGAAUCAUGCUUUAAGAUCAGCUCAACACCAUCUCAAAAACCAUGUUGGCUCAUUCUCUCAGGCUAACAAGCUUUCUUCUUCUGCUAUGAUCUCCACAACACUAAAACAUGAGAAGGCAAAGCAAUCAGAGGAGUCCUUCAGAACUGUCAUGUACUUAAGCUGCUGGGGCCCCAACUAGAUAUCAUAAGUCCAAUAAGAAAAUAUUCUUUCUCUUUUAAUUUCCAGAAAUUAUCAAGCUUAGUCCCAAAGGAAGAUGAGGGUUGAGAUUUCUGGGGUCACAUUGUAUAGUAUUUGAAGUUUGUUUUGCUCAUGUGACAAUCAGUUUGUAAAUUUUGAUAAAUGAUAGUGUUUAGCAUUGCCAAAUUUCA